AUGAGUAAAUUAGACUCAUACAAUGCAAUGAUAGUUUCAAAGUAUUUUAUUACAAUCACCGACUUUAUAAACUUUGAAUUAGUGAAUCACAAAUUUUUGGGCAAUAUGCACAAGUUUCACUACAAUCCAAUAUCUCUUUCUCAACGAGAUCUAAUAUAUUUUCCCAAUAUUGAAUCACUCCAUCUCUACAAAACGACAGAUCAAACUUUUCCUGACAAAAACUUUUUUCAAAAAAUUUUUUGGUUUCCCGUGCGCUAUUCGUGCACACAAUUCAAUAAUUACAAAAACGAAAAGUGUGGCGAAACGAGCAGUACCAAUAUUACUCCAAAUCUCCCCAAAAAUGUUUUUAAAAAUGUUAUUUAUUAUUUUGAUGAUGCCGCAAGAUAUGGGGCAACCAUUCCUUUAGGAGUUCACCGCAUAGCCCAAAACUGUUUUAGCAACAAAUUUCAACUUGAUUGUUGUAGCAUGCCUUCCACCCUCGUCGCUCUCGAUCAGAGUUGUUAUCUAAACUGUAGUAAUCUCUCGCGAAUAACAUUUUCUAAAAACAUUUCUUCAAUUGGAGAUUAUUGUUUUUCUCGAUGUACAAAAUUGAGCGAAAUUGUUUUACCGGAGCGGAUUACCAUAUUGGGUCAUAGUGUUUUUCUCGGAUGCUCCGGUAUAAGUCGGUUCGUAUUUCCUAGAUAUAGUGGGAAUUUGCCCCCAAAUUUUUUUUGUAAAUGUAGUUCACUCCAAAAUUUUGUUAUUCCAGAAGAGGUGACGGUGAUUCGGGGAUUUUGCUUCUAUGAAUGUGUGGCCCUAACAUCAGUGCAAUUUCCCCAACAAAUUCGGGAAAUUGGAGAUAGUGCGUUUCACUCAUGUCAACAAUUGGAAGUAAUCACGUGGCCACAAAACGUGCAACAAAUCGGGAAAAUGGCUUUUUAUAACUGUUUAACACUUAAAGAAGUCACACUUUCAAAUAACAUUUCUUUGGAGGAAAAAUGUUUUCAAUCGUGUUUAUCACUUUCUUCAAUCACAUUUUCACAAAAUUUAGUUUCAAUUGGGAAGUCAUGUUUCAAAUACUGCUCAAAAUUGAGUUAUAUUGAAAUACCAGACUGUGUUCAAAGUAUCGGGGAAGAAUGUUUUAAACAAUGCGAUUCGCUUUCUACUGUCGUACUUCCAAAAUAUCUUAAAAAUAUUACCAACGCUUGUUUUUCUAAUUGUUAUAGUUUAAAAACUAUAACCGUGCCUGAUAAAGUAAGUGAGAUUGGUGAUCUGGCAUUUUCUUCGUGUAGUUUGCUUUCAAGAGUCGUUUUGGGAACAAGUGUAACUUUUAUCGGACACAAAACUUUUGAGAAGUGUUUAAAAUUGUCCGAUAUAAGUGAUGUUCAAAAAAUCACAUUGCAAGAUUUGUUAAUUUGUAUUAUUAUUAUUAUUAUUACUAUGGUUUUUAUUAAACUAAAUAUACAAAUCAAGAAAAAAUUGGUAUUAAAGGAAAUACACUUUCGACUGUCCUAUAUAUUUAAAUUUUUAUUAAAAACAUAA